AAUGUGUGUGUGCGGCUUCGACUGAGAGAGCGGUGUAAUGAUAAAAGCCGCAUUUGCGGUACCCUCCUCUCACCUCAUAUAAAUCAGGAAAAAACGGAGAAACCGUCUUAUUUCGUUCCUCCUCGAGCCCUAGACUUAUCCACGUCUCGGAGAACAUUGUGAAGCACCAUGUCCAGGCCGUCAGGGGGCGGGUGUUGCCAAUGAUGUCACCCGCUUCCUGUCCACAGGGGCGGUGCCAGGUUCGCCCCACUUCCUCUACCCCCACUGGCCACGUAUUCUCCGCCUCCAGCCAAGCUGAUUGGGCGGCAAAGAGGCUCGUCUGGGUUCCGUCCGAGAAGCACGGCUUUGAGUCUGCCAGUAUCCGUGAGGAGCGAGGGGAUGAGGUGGAGGUGGAGCUAACAGACAGCCAGAGGAAGCUGACCCUGUCCAGGGAGGAGGUCCAGAGGAUGAAUCCUCCCAGGUUCAGUAAGGUGGAGGACAUGGCUGACCUCACCUGUCUCAACGAAGCCUCCGUCCUACACAACCUCAGAGAGAGAUACUACUCUGGCUUGAUAUACACAUACUCGGGCCUGUUCUGUGUGGUGAUCAACCCCUAUAAGAACCUGCCUAUCUACACAGAGUCUAUAGUGGAGAUGUACCGAGGGAAGAAACGCCAUGAGAUGCCCCCUCACAUCUACGCUAUAUCAGAGGCUGCCUACCGCAGCAUGCUACAAGACAGAGAAGAUCAAUCUAUCCUCUGCACCGGCGAGUCUGGCGCAGGGAAGACAGAGAACACUAAGAAAGUCAUCCAGUAUCUGGCUCAUGUGGCCUCAUCCCAUAAGACUGGAACUCUGGGUAGAAACAAGGAGGCCUCACAGAUGGAUGGCAGUAGGUCGUUGCCCCGGGGCAGUUCCAUGGUGAACAGGGGGGAGCUAGAGAGACAGCUGCUACAGGCCAACCCCAUCCUGGAGGCCUUCGGAAAUGCCAAGACUGUCAAGAACGACAACUCCUCCAGAUUUGGCAAAUUCAUCCGUAUUAACUUUGACGUGGCUGGAUACAUUGUCGGUGCCAACAUUGAGACCUACCUGCUGGAGAAGUCGAGGGCGAUCCGCCAGGCCAAAGAUGAAAGGACCUUCCACAUCUUCUACCAACUCAUGUGUGGAGCUUCAGAGGCCACCAGAGCAGACCUUCUCCUUGGUAGUGCUGACCAGUACAGGUUUCUGAGUGGAGGUGCUAUACCUGUUCCAGGCCAGAGUGAUGCUGACAACUUCACCCAGACCAUGGACUCUAUGACCAUCAUGGGAUUCACACCAGAGGAGUCUCUGUCCAUGUUGAAGGUGAUCUCUGCCGUGCUCCAGUUUGGGAACAUCUCGUUCACUAAGGAGAAGAACCAGGACCAGUGCUCCAUGCCAGACGACACGGCUGCCCAGAAACUGAGCCACCUGCUGGGCAUCAGCGUGCUGGAGUUCUCCCGGGCCAUCCUCACCCCCAGGAUCAAAGUAGGACGCGAGUACGUCCAGAAGGCCCAGACCAAAGAACAGGCUGACUUUGCUGUGGAGGCGUUGGCCAAAGCUACAUAUGAGCGUCUGUUCCGUUGGCUGGUCCACAGGAUCAACCGGGCGCUGGACCGCAGACAGAGACAGGGAGCCUCUUUCAUAGGCAUACUGGACAUAGCAGGCUUUGAGAUCUUCCAGUUGAACUCAUUUGAGCAGCUAUGUAUCAACUACACCAAUGAGAAGCUGCAGCAGCUGUUCAACCACACCAUGUUCAUCCUGGAGCAGGAGGAGUACCAGAGGGAGGGCAUCGAGUGGAGCUUCAUCGACUUCGGCCUGGACCUGCAGCCCUGCAUCGACCUCAUCGAGAGACCGGCCCAGCCCCCUGGUGUGCUGGCCCUAUUGGAUGAGGAGUGUUGGUUUCCGCGGGCGACAGAUCGUUCUUUUGUGGAUAAGCUGUCUGCUGAGCAGGGGACACACCCUAAAUUCUUCAAACCUCGACAAAUACGACAAGAGGCCGACUUCGCCAUCAUCCAUUACGCUGGGAAGGUGGACUAUAAGGCAGAUGAUUGGCUGGUGAAGAACAUGGAUCCUCUGAAUGACAACAUAGCGUCUCUCCUCCACCAGUCCUCUGAUCACUUCAUCUCUGAGCUCUGGAGAGAGGAUAUUCAGACUCUUCCUCGAGUAUAUUUCUUUGACUCCUAUGCCACACUGCAGACCAAUGGCUCUGACAUGGAGAGGCCCGUAGGGCUGGACCAGGUGUCCAACGACACCAACAGUGGGCCGGUCAACUUCGGGGCGGGGCUGAAGACUAAGAAGGGGAUGUUCAGGACCGUGGGUCAGCUCUACAAGGAGUCCCUCACCAAGCUGAUGGCAACACUACGCAACACCAACCCAAACUUCCUCCGCUGUAUCAUCCCCAACCACGAGAAGAAGUCUGGUAAGCUGACUCCCCAUCUUGUUCUGGACCAGCUGAGGUGUAAUGGAGUCUUAGAGGGGAUCCGUAUCUGCAGACAGGGCUUCCCCAACCGCAUCCCCUUCCAGGAGUUCAGACAGAGGUAUGAGAUCCUGACUCCUAAUGCUAUCCCUCGUACCUUCAUGGACGGGAAGCAGGCCUGUGAACUCAUGAUCAGUGCGUUGGAGCUGGACCGUAACCUGUUCAGAGUUGGGCAGAGCAAAGUGUUCUUCAGGGCUGGAGUCUUAGGUCACCUGGAGGAGGAGAGAGACCUGAAGAUCACUGACACCAUCAUACGCUUCCAGAGCGCUGCCCGAGGAUUCCUCGCACGCAGGGCCUUCCUGAAGAAGCAGCAGCAGCUGAGUGCUAUGAGAGUGAUGCAGAGGAACUGUGCUGCCUACCUCAAACUCAGGAACUGGCAAUGGUGGAGGCUGUUCACCAAGGUGAAGCCUCUGCUGCAGGUGACUCGUCAGGACGAGGAGAUCCAGGUGCGGGAGUCGGAGCUUAAGAAUGCCAAAGACAACCUGACCAGAGUGGAACAGGACUACACUGAUCUGGACAAGAAACACAUACAGCUGAUGGAGGAGAAGGCGGUGCUGACAGACCAGCUGCAGGCGGAGGCGGAGCUGUUUGCUGAGGCGGAGGAGAUGAGGGCCAGACUGGUCAGCAGGAAGCAGGAGUUGGAGGAAAUCCUGGGGGAGCUGGAGGGACGAUUGGAGGAGGAGGAGGAGAGGGCCGUUCAGAUGACCAAUGAGAAGAAGAAGAUGCAGCAGCACGUGACGGAUCUGGAGGAGCAGUUGGAGGAGGAGGAGUCGGCCAGACAGCGCCUCCAUUUGGAGAAGGUUACCCUGGAGACCAAGGUCAAGAGUCUGGAGACAGAGAUGCUGAGCACUGGAGAACAGAGAGACCGCCUCAGCAAGGAGAAGAAGCACCUGGAGGAGAGGUUGAAUGAGGUGACAGACUCACUGACUGAGGAAGAGGAGAAGACCAAGAGUCUCAACAAACUGAAAAACAAACAGGAAGCAGUCAUUGCUGACCUGGAAGAUCGGUUGAAGCGUGAGGAGCAGGGUCGUCUGGAGCAGGAGAAGUGGAGGAGGAGGAUGGAGGGAGAAGCUGUGGAAGCCCAGGAGCAGCUCUCUGACCUGGGACUACUGUCCGCUGAACUCAGGGGCACCCUGGCUCAGAGAGAGAAAGAUAUCACAACCCUACAGGGGAGGUUGGAGGAGGAGGGUGCACGAAGGACUGAGGCUCAGAGGGCUCUGAGAGAGGCCAUGUCUCAGGUGUCAGAGCUGAAGGAGGAAGUGGAGAAUGAACGAGGGAUGAGAGAGAGGGCAGAGAAACAGAGGAGAGACCUGGGGGAGGAGCUGGAGGCCUUGAGGACAGAGCUGGAAGACACACUGGACACCACGGCGGCCCAGCAGGAACUCAGGUCUCGUAGAGAGGCAGAGCUGGGGGAGCUCCAGAGGUGUGUUGAGGGGGAGACGAGACGUCACGAGGCCCAGCUCUCAGAGCUCAGAGUCAAGCACUGUUCUGCCAUAGACAACCUGCAGGAACAACUGGACAACAGCAAGCGGGCCCGUCAGUCCCUAGAGAAGGCCAAGACUCUAUUAGAGGAUGAGAGGGGGAGCUUGGCCUCAGAGCUGAAGUCCCUGCAGGGGGGCCGCAUGGAGAGUGAGAGGGGCCGCAAGAGGGCAGAGGGCCAACUCCAGGAGCUGACCGCACGCCUCGCACAGGCCGACAGAGAGAGGGAGGAGAGAGAGGAGCGACUGCACAAGCUACAGUCUGAGAUGGAGACCCUCUCUAGUUCUCUCUCCUCCUCUGACUCCAAGUCGCUCCGUCUCAACAAGGAGGUCAGCAGCCUGGAGAGCCAGCUCCACGACGCUCAGGAGCUACUUCAGGAUGAGACUCGUCAGAAGCUGGCUCUGGGCUCCAGGGUGAGAGCUCUGGAGGAGGAGAGGAAUGGACUGAUGGAGAGAGUGGAGGAGGAAGAGGAGAGAGCCAAGGAUCUCUCCAGGCAGAUACAGACUCACACUCAGCAGCUGGCUGAGUUGCGGAGGCAGUCAGAGGAGGUGAAUGGGGCGGUGGAGGCAGGAGAGGAGACGCGCAGGAAACUGCAGAGAGACCUAGACCAGGCCGUCCAGAGAGAACGACAGAAGGAGGAGGAGAAAGAACGCGUGGAGCGUCAGAGGGAGAGGCUGAGGGAGGAGAUAGAGGACAUGACCCUGGCCCUGCAGAGAGAGAGACAGAACUGCACCACCCUGGAGAAGAGGCAGAAGAAGUUUGACCAGUGCCUGUCAGAGGAGAAGGCGGUGAGUGCCCGGCUGGCUGAGGAGAGAGACAGGGCCGAGGCAGACAGUAGAGAGAAGGAGACACGCUCCCUGGCACUGGCACGAGCCCUGCAGGAGGCCCAAGAUCAGAGGGACGAGCUGGAGAGAUCUAACAAGCAGCUCCGCAUAGACAUGGAACAACUAGUCAAUCAACAGGAUGACGUGGGGAAGAAUGUGCAUGAGUUGGAGCGUUCCCGGCGGGCCCUGGAGACGGAGGCAGAGUCCCUGCGCACUCAGACCCAGGAGCUGGAGGAGGAGCUGGGGGAGGCGGAGAACUCCAGGCUGAGGCUCGAGGUCACCCUCCAAGCCCUCAGGGCCCAGUUUGAGAGAGAGAUCAGCACCAAGGAGGAGAAAGGAGAGGAGAAGAGGAGGUCUCUCAACAAACAGGUGAGGGAGUUGGAGACCCAGCUAGAGGAGGAGAGGAGUCAACGCUCUCAGGCCAUGUCCGUCAAGAAGCAGCUGGAGGCGGAGCUACAGGAGGCUGAGGCCCAGGUGGAGACAGCCAAUCGCGGCAGGGAGGAGGGGCUUAGGCAGCUACGGAGACUGCAGGUUCAGAUGAAGGAGGUGCUUCGUGAGCUGGAUGAGUCCAAGCUGGCCCGUGACGAGGUGGUCGUCCAAUCAAAAGACACAGAGAAGCGCUUGCAGACCUUGGAGGCGGAGUUAUUGCAGUUUACAGAGGAUUUAUCAGUGUCUGAGAAGAUGAGGAGACAGGCUCAGCAGGAGAGAGAUGAGAUGGCUGAUGAGAUUGUCAACAGCUCUACCGGGAAGUCGGCUCUGUGUGAUGAGAAGCGGAGGUUGGAGGCGCGAGUCACUCAGCUGGAGGAGGAGUUGGAGGAGGAGCAAAGCAAUGCUGAACUAGUGGCCGAGAGACACAGGAAGACUACACUUCAGGUGGAGACUCUGACGGUGCAGCUGCAGGGAGAGAGGACCCUGGGCCAGAAGGCUGAGGGGGCCAGGGAGGCUCUGGAGAGGCAUAACAAGGAGCUGAAGCUGAAGCUGGGGGAGAUGGAGGGAGCUGUCAGGGGAAAACACAGGCUCAGUGUCGCCGCCCUGGAGGCCAAGAUGGACGGCAUGGAGGAGCAGCUGGAGCAGGAGAGACAAGAGCGAGCGAUAGCCAACAAGCUGGUGAGGAAGACAGAGAAAAAAUUGAAGGAGGUGAUGAUGCAGGCAGAGGACGAGAGGAGACACGCAGACCAGUACAGAGAACAGUUGGAUAAGUCUAUGGGCCGGCUGAGGCAGCUGAAGAGGCAGCUCGAGGAGGUGGAGGAGGAUAACUCUCGUUCCAACGCCCAGAGACGUAAACUGCAGAGAGAGAUGGAGGAGCUGACUGACAGCUCCCAGAGCAUGACCCGCGAGAUCACCGCUCUACGCAGCCACCUCAGUCUGCCUCACACUCCACUCCAUCCACUCAGCAUCACCACAUCUGAACGGAAACCAGAGAAGCGUGCUCCGAUGCCCCUUGGGAUGCGCUCAGGUCGCAGGGCGUUGGUGGAUGAUCUGUCGUGUGAGAACUCUGACUCGGAGGAGCCCCCCCCCUCCCCGACUCCUUCUUCUGGUACUGGCCCCGGAACUGGCCCCGGCACCCCCACACCCCCCUCUGAAAACAACAGUCUGGGCCCCCCCCCACCAUACAGCCUCAACGACACUGAGUAACACACACACAAACACACACGCAUACAUACAGAUACAUACUCACACAGACGCAUUGGCCUGCAUACAUGUAUAUGUACACAUAGGCCUGCAUACAUGUAUAUGUACACAUAGACCUGCAUACAUGUAUAUGUACACAUAGGCCUGCAUACAUGUAUAUGUACAUACAAAUACACCCUCACAUAGACUGACCUACUGAUCCUGCACUUCUUUAAACUCUUUCCUCUGCAGUCCAAACUAGAACAGGGAGCAAACACACUCACACACACUCUCUCUCUCUCACACACACACACACACACACAAUUUAAGGGGGGAAGAGGAUUUGUUGAUGAUUCGUGAGCAAGAAUAUGGACUGUAAUCUCACUGGGGGAAACUUCAUCUCCCAGACAUCUGAGGGAAAGUGAAUUAUAUCAGCAUAGCCAUGUUCUAUUAUUAUGAUACUGUAUUAUGCUUCAAAUGGCAGAAAUAAGAUGGCUACUGGCCACUCAAUGUAAGGCCAUGUUUAACCCUUUGAGGAACUCUGACAAUAUUCCACUUGUGUUUAGCAUUCUAGUUGAGGACAUCGCAAAGGGCUGCUAAUUGUUCUAGAAUGCUGUAGAAUCCUGGAAUAAAAUGUUCCACUCCUCAAAGGGUUAAUGACAAUCUGCAUGUUUGGGAAGACAUUUUGCAAGACUAGAGAAACACACACACACACAUGCACACACACACACACACACACACACACACACACACACACACACACACACACACACACACACAGGGGACUGAUUCAUGUUUCUAUGUAUGUAGUCCCUCUGUCAGUGUGUGUCUUGGAAAAGGUAAUCGCUCAUUGACUGCUAGUGUGAAAGACAGCUGAUAUGCUCUUCUGUCUUUUAACAAGCCUGGGAGAAGCUCCCAUGAGUUGUUCAUCUUUCUCUCUCUCACUUCAAUUUCAAUUUAAGGCCAAGUUGUUAUUUUAAAAUGUAUUUUAGAAAACAAACACAGAAUGUCUGUGAAGUAUUUUAGGAUAUAUUACUAAUUUGUUUGUAGUUUGAAUUAGGUCAUUUAUGGGGGAAAUAUCAAUCAGGGAAGAGGGUUAAUAAGUGAGAGAGAAAUGAAAAAUGAAAAUCAACCUUGCUGUUGUAUGCACAACGAAGAAUGAAGCCAGCGUCAAGUUUCUAUAGAAAAAGACUGAUGAUAUUUCACUCCAUCAUCACACAUACUGGUGAAACUGGCUAGGGCAUAAACACCGGCAUCAUCGUAGACCUUAUCAAUCCAUCUUAUGAUUGUCAUAAGAUGAUGAAAUGUUUCUAUCUUUUGUCAUGAGAAGCGAUGACAACCAAACAUGUUGUUGCAGUUGCAUCAAACACUAUUGCAAAACAAACCAUGCAGUCUGUCUUCAGGUGCUGUGCUCUGAUCUGGGUUAUCUAGACAUUCAUUGACUUUUUUGGAUUGAGACAGAUAGGUAGUUACUGUAGUUAGGCCAAUGGAUUGCAUAGGUAGGUAUACAGUAGGUAGAUAGAUACUGUAGGUAGAUAUACAGUAAGUAGAUAGUUUCUUUAAGUCUUUAACAUAUCGCUUCUUAUAAAUACAGGCAGUUGAAUCUAUGUCAUUUAUAUCAGUCUGAAUAUGAGCAAAAUCCUCCCAUUAUUUAUUGCCGCUGGUUGUUUUUUGUAUUGUUUCCAGUCUGUUCAGACAUAUCAUUGGUAGAUGACAUACUGGUAUGGUGUCACUGGCACUGAUGGAAAGGAAGGCAGGGCCUCACACAUACUGCAACCAUGGCAAUAGAGAGAGGUUAAGAACAGAAUCACAAUUACUAGGUAGAUUGUGGUUAACAACAUCUGUCUAUCUAUGUAGACUUGUGUUGUUGAAUAAUUCCUGGAUGGGGUAUUGGUUGUUCUAUUUGACAGUGUAUCAGGAUGUUAGGGAAGUUUGUAGGUCUUGGUUAGUAGGGAAUGCACUGGAAAUAUAUUGGACAGAGAGAUGACAGACAUUUAAGACAGUAACCAACACUACAUCAGAACUCACCUGUGGAGCAGGACACUGGAAUCUCUUACACAGAACAGGAACAUGUGAAAGUUGAAGACGUAAUGUUGGUGUUUUAAGACUGCUAGUCAUUCUCAACAUAUCAUAAGCAUCCAUAUCUUUUGUGUUUAUCAAACAGACAUAUUGUACAUUGUAAUAUUGUUUUUUUUUAUUCAUUCAUUGUGUAAUAUAUUUAUGGAACAAAGCUUUUGUGUUUAACCAAAUGGUGGGCGUAUGGAUGAGAAAAGGGACUUAUUGUAUACGUAGUAGAAUAGAAUAGAUUCAAGUAGAGUAGUAUGGCGGAGACGGGUGUUGGAGGAAUUUCCACUGUCAUCCAUAGAAUUACCCUCUGGAAUAACAGACCAAAGUGGAGGACUUUUUCCAGCAACUUCCGUUGAGUUCAUUGUCUUCAGAUCUGUCGUAUGAAGCACCAAGAAAACCCUGUUUCUACCCGGAAUUUCUGUAUAGAUCAUUCUAGAACAGUAACGCUCUAGGCUUCCCUCCCCUUGUAUCAUAAUAGUGUUUUUGCGGAAGUCAUAAGGGGUCGAAUCUUCCAAAGUGUUGUCUUUUCUUUAAAGUGACAGACAGGGAGAUUUCUAGCCAGUUAGAAGAUAUGGUUUUAGAGGAUACAUGCCCCGCCCCCUUUAAUCUCCAACAACAUUCACCAUUCAUUCAAGUUUAACAAGUGCAAAACCUUUUGUUAGUGUAUAUUGUUUAUAUUUGAACUCCUCUCAGCCCCAGAACCUCUCUGCCUGACACAGCAGAAGUCUGUACAGAGAAUAAAUAUCCUGUCCACAUACUGUUCUUACAGACACACGACACCUUGACAUAGGGACGUUUCGCUGCUCAGUCUAGUUAAACACUAUGUAUUUGCAUGGCGGUGCAUUCCAUUGAUUAUAGCAUUGGCCGCAUAGUCUCCCGGUUGUCUGCUCUUGUACAAGGAAGAGUAUUUAUCUCCCUCCACAUAAGACUAGGACAUUCCCAUUGAAAAGCAUGCAGGGUUGAACAACUAAAAGGUUGUUUAAAGAGCAAAGUUACAGUUCCCCAUCAUUAUCUCAUGUCAAGCUUGACACAGUGGAGAGCAAAGUUACAGUUCCCCAUCAUUAUCUCAUGUCAAGCUUGACACAGUGGAGAGCAAAGUUACAGUUCCCCAUCAUUAUCUCAUGUCAAGCUUGACGCAGUGGAGAGCAAAGUUACAGUUCCCCAUCAUUAUCUCAUGUCAAGCUUGACACAGUGGAGAGCAAAGUUACAGUUCCCCAUCAUUAUCUCAUGUCAAGCUUGACACAGUGGAGAGCAAAGUUACAGUUCCCCAUCAUUAUCUCAUGUCAAGCUUGACGCAGUGGAGAGCAAAGUUAGAGUUCCCCAUCAUUAUCUCAUGUCAAGCUUGACACAGUGGAGAGCAAAGCCAAGAUCCCUUUGGAUCAUUUUCAUGACAGUACUAUAGAAACAGUCAGAUCUUCAGAACUAGCAGCCUAAUGAGGACAUGGGAUCUUUGAAUUAACAAUGAGUUCUAUUAGUAUUUUGAUUACAGAAAAAAUGACGACAUGUAUUUGGUCUUUUUUUUCUUCCUCUUCAUGUGAUUUAUUUGGCAAAAUGUACUUUUUUUGUAAGUUACUGUAAAUGCUGCACUUUACAUAUGCACCAAUAGAGGGCAGACUCCGGCAGUAUCAGUGGCUGGCAUUGGUUCACAGUCAGUCCCAUCUCUCUGGAGAUGAUGCAGAUUUUAUAUGUAAAUCUAACUGAUUUGUCAAAGAUCUGAGCAGAUGUUUUAAAUGUUAUUUGGAUGCAAACUGUCACUUUAAAGUUGUGAAAAUUAAGAUCACUACAUUUUAAACUAUCUAGGUUUGGUCUUCAGGGGAAGUAGUAGGAAGGUUGGUUUGAGGUUAAAGGUUAAAGGCUGACCCCUGGAAUGAAGUGUCUGUGCCGCUGUAGAGAGACCAGUGCUUUUUCAAAGGUGUUAUAAUUAUUAUAUUAUUUUGUUUUCUUUCUUUUAUGGCUUCUGUGGAAAUUGAUCAUUUUGGAAAUGUGUUGUUUAUUAUCAUUUUUUGUUGAUGAUGCUGUAAUUAUAAAACUUAUCUGACUGGGGUGAACUUUAAUAUAUGUUGUUGGUUUUGA